AUGGACGAGUGUGUGCGAAGAGGCCCGAGCAGAUCUACAGAAUUCGGACAGUUCAACAAGGUGACAUUGACUCCGAAUGAUUCGGCGCUGGAAGGAAGCCAGGUCUAUGCCGGCAAAAGCAUCCCGUGCUGGCUGUCCUCCAGGGUCAAGGCUGGGUCCUUGGCCCUCCCAUUCGGGACGCUGUACCGGCUCCUGUUGUGCCAUGUCCCACACCUUGACUAUAAAACCGUCAAGCAGGUGUCUAUGCUGCGCCAAGCAGGCACGGACUGGCGAGGUCGCCAAAAGCAACUGAAACCCAUUUGA